GCGUUUCCGGCCCAGUUUCCCUUUCAUUUUCCCACCGGAAGGAGUCGCUGCUCGGAUCUGCGCAUGUCUGGGCUCUGCCCGCACAGAGAGUCUGAGAAGUUGGAACUGCAGAAUUUCCCAUAAUUCCAUGCAGAUCCCCAGAUGAGCAAGAAGAGGAGGUCAUGAUAUUCAGCAGAACCUCAACCAGUCUUCUUGCAAAGAGCCAUGAAGCACAUCCGACCAGAAUACUCAGCCUCAGAUGGUUCCACAAAAUGACAAGAGGUCUACUGAGACACUUAUGAGACAAGAGGUCUUCUACUGCAAGGAUAGAAAAGACACAAAGGUCCCGCUCUAACAAUCCCAAGUACGAGAGGAACCCUUUUCCUCACAAACCACACACAUCAAAUGUGAAGACACAAGAUUUAAGUCUAAAACCACAGGACACAGGACACAAAAAACAACUCAAAAUAUUUUCUGUGAAGCCCAAAAUGGGGGAUGAGAUUCUGUAGCACCCAGAACCUUCUCAUCCACCAGAGAAUCCACACAGGGAGGAGCUUUGUCUGCUCUAAAUGUGGGAAAUAUUUCUCUCACAGGAAGAUCCUCAUUGCUCAUAAAUGGGUUCAUACUGGGAGGAAACCAUUCACCUGCACUGAAAGUAAUAAGGGCUUCUUGUGGAACAGGGACCUUCAGCAACACCAAGAGAUCCACAGGAAAGAAACGCUAAAUGUUUCUCUUAUUUGGACUCAAACAGUAGAGAAGCCACUCAAUGUUCCUAUUGAGAGUCCCUCAGAAGAGAAACCAUUUGUCUGUAUCCAGCAGGGAGAAGCUGACAUGGAUAGGAGUGAACUGGCUGUUCAUCUAGAGAGUCCCAUGGAGCGUUAUGAAUGCAGUGAGUGUGGGGAAAGUUUUGGGAAAAAGAGAGAACUCAGCGCUCACCUUCUGACUCACACAGGAGAACGACCCUUUGCCUGCAACGAAUGUGGGAAAACCUACAAGGAUAAAAGCAAACUAAAUGUUCAUCAUCUGGUUCAUACAGGAGAGCAGCGCUACGUUUGUAGCGAAUGUGGGCGGAACUUUAGGGAUAGGAGUAGCCUGAAUUCUCAUUAUCUCACUCACGUCGGAGUGAAACCCUUUGUCUGCACCGAGUGCGGGAAAAGCUACAGUAGAAAGGUGCACCUUAACGCCCAUCUUUCUGUUCACACCGGGGUGAGUCCCUUUGUCUGUACGGAAUGCGGGAGGAUCUACGGUACCAAGAAAGAACUUGUUAUUCAUAUUAAUGUUCAUAAAGGCAUUGUUUUCCCCUGUACGGAGUGUGGGAAAUCCUUUCCGACAAAGAGGAACCUUGAAAGGCACCAAAUGAUCCACACGGGGGAGAAACCAUUUGAGUGCACAGAGUGCGGGAAACGUUUCCGGGAAAAAAAUAAAUUGCAAUUGCACCAUCUGUUCCAUACUGGGUUUAAACCGUUCACCUGUUAUGAGUGUGGGAAAGAGUUCAGAUUGAAGCAUUCUCUGAAGCACCACCUACAGACCCACAGCGGGGUGAGGCCAUUUGUCUGCACCGAGUGUGGGAAAAGCUUUUUCAAUAAGAAUGGGCUUACUUCUCAUCUUCGGUGUCACACAGGGGAGAAACCAUUUGCCUGUUCCGAGUGUGGGAAGAGCUUCAAGGAUAGAAAUGCCCUUCAUGUUCAUCUUCGGGUUCACACAGGAGAGAAACCUUUUGUCUGCAGCGAGUGCGGGAAGAGGUUCAAGAAUAAAAGUACCCUCAGUGUUCAUGUCCGGGUUCAUACAGGAGAGAAACCGUUUGUCUGCAGGGAGUGUGGGGAGAGCUACACAAGCAGUACUGGGCUCAAGGUUCAUCUUAGGACACACACUGGAGAAAAGCCCAACGCUUGCACUAAAUCUGGAGAGAACAUGUUAGAUUUCAUCCAGGAGAGAACCUAGGUACUUGUAGUUGGUCUGCCCUUUGUGGCAUAAAGUAUUAAGGCAACAGUGGCAUGUAGCUCAAGGGCACUGAGUUGCACCCCUUGGGGCCCAUAUAGGGAGCACCUGGACCACCGGCCCCUUGAGAACAACCCAUCGAGCCACAAGGGAGCACUGUACUUCGGCAGCGGAUAAAGAGAGGACUUCUAUGUGCUUAGCAACCUCUGGUCUCCUUGUCCUGCCGAGUGUAUUGGCAAGUACAAGUCACAGAGAUCUGAGUGCUGUUUUCUAAUGUAGAUAACACAACUGGGCAAAGCUACUGGGUUAAGAGAAGUCAUGACUCUCUCACGACUGGCUGUGCUCAAGUUGUUGGUUUCAUAUUUUUGCGAGUUUUAAUGCUCUUAUAUCCACAAAUAUUCGAGUUUGGUGCAUUUUUCUGUUUGUGUUUUUUUAGAUUGCAAAAUAACUGGAAAAUGUUAUAAAUAUGUCCCUGUGUGUUUGCAGGGAGUGUUGGGAAAGCUAAGAGAACACAGAACUCUCACACACACACACACACACACACACAGGAGAGAACCCAUUUGCCUGCACUAAGUGUUGGGAAAGCUACACUCUCGCACACACACACACACACAGGAGAGAACCCAUUUGCCUGCAGUGAGUGUUGGGAAAGCUUGGAGGAAAGAGCAGAUUCACACAGAACCGUUCUGUCUGCAGUAAUUAUAGGACCCAGAUAUUCCCAUGAUUCCCUGGGUGGAUUUCAGAUGUUCAUCGUGAUACAGUGUAUUAAUGUUUUGUGCUGUAUGUCGUUAUGUAUCGAGCCUUGUUAUAUGUUCUUGUAUUUAUUGUGCUGCUCUGGCCGUUAGUGGCAGCUUGGCACUGUAUAUCCCAUACUGUAUGUGUAUAAUGUUCUGCCCCCGUGUAUUGCCCCGGCACUCCAACCCCCUGCCGCCUCCCACUUCAUCUGUAUUUGUCUGUGAACAAAGUUCUAUUCCCUCAA